AUGACCAACGGAGCGGGAUCGAAAGACAUGAUGCACAGGACCACCACAAGGCACGACCCCCUGGGAGGAGGACGCGCCCGGCCAAACGCCCGCGACUCAAGUGACGAAGGGAGCGAUGACGGCGGCCGCACGACCCCGAAAAACGGAACAGGAAGCUUCUUGAAGAAGGUAAGUACAUCGCUUGGGUUCUCACCAAAGCCGGUCAGGCACGCGUCGUACACGACCAACCCCACUUCUGACACACCCAACAACGACUCCGACAGCACUUAUACGAUCCCCACAACAAUCCCGGCUUUUGCACCAGUGGCACACGGCCUAGAGACAGACGACGAAUCUACCAGAAGCAACAUACACCCGGUCUUCCAACACAACAUACUGAUCAAAACUGACGGCAACCCAGACGCAAUUAUAAGGGAAUACACCGGGAUCAUCAACGACGCAAAAUCCGCCCUCCAACGCCUGCAAAGGGCACACCCGGACUAUGAAGCCGCACUGCCCGAGGAAGUCCAAAACCUAACCAUGGAUGUCACCAGGCUAGCGACGGGCCGGCAAUGGGAGGCGACAGAGGUCUACCGCGAACUGCAAGCCCUCCGGGACGAAUCACGACACAACGAACACAUGGCAAAACAGAGGUGGACCGACCUUCAAAACACGGCCACCCAACGCGACUGGACGAUAUCUGCAAUGACACGCCAGCUUUCCGAACUCAACAACACGGUAAAGUCAAUGACGGACAUGCUCAAGACAACAAACAACAACAUGGAGAGGAUUCAGCUAACCGCGGCAGGCCCGACGACACCUGGUCAUGCGACACCCACCACCGACACCCCAACCGCUGCGCCAACCACCGGACCCGGACCCACAUAUCGGCCCACGAGGAAGACAACCACAAACACGACAAAGCCAACGGUGAACAACCCGAAGAUGCCGCACCACCCCUCUCGUCUGAUCAUCAAUCUACAUGGCAAAAUCAACGAAGAGCAGACGAAGAACCAGCCAAGCCAGACUCAAAUGGUUUCGGAUAUCAACGCCGAGCUACAGAAGCACGAGGACUCGAAACACUUACUGGUAACAGCACUCACAUGGACAAAGAAUGACAACGCAGUCCUGCUAACACGAGCGGACCAACAGGGAGAGGAACUAGCUAAGUUUGCGAUGCGCUUCACACACCUACUCAUGGCCCCGGGACAGACGUGCUCGGUCCAGCUGGACCGGAAGUGGGUCAAGAUCCAAGUGGACCUGGUACGAACUGGCGCGUACGACCCAUCACCCACCAUUUACGGCCAAGAAACACUCGCGAUUGAGGCCACCCGCAAUAACCCGAUAAUAGACAAACUCAAGAUAACCAGCCCGCUGCGCUGGCUGAGACGCAUUGAAGACCUCAAGUACACAAAUCACUCGUCAAUCGUCUUCGCGGUGGAAGAGUCGGACGAAGCGACGUUCCUCCUCCGGGAGCUCAAGUCCCUGGCCAUGUUUGGACGGACAUGCCCAUUACGCCUCUUUGCUAACAAACCUCCAGUGAUACAAUGCACCAGAUGCCAACGAUUUGACCACAUGGCUAACAAGUGCACCCUCGAUGUCCGCUGCAAGUUAUGCGGCAAAACGCACACCGACCAGGAACACCAUGACAACUGCACCAAUUGCAAGGCAGCAAAGGACGCAGGAGACAUGGACAUUGACGGUGCAGACACCUGCGAGCACCGGAUCUGCUGUGUGAACUGCAAGGGCAAGAACGAGGACACAGCGCAUGCGGCGGACUCGAGACGUUGCCCGGAACAAGUCUCAAGAUACGAAUCAGCUCGGAUGCACGAGAAGAAGAAGACGAUCGACAAAGCAUGGCAACAAGUCAGGUCUCCAGGUGGACGACGGAGACCGACUAAUACACCAAUCAGAGCGGGAGCUGAGACGCAGAACCGGUUCAAGGUUCUCGAACCAGAACGCACACUAGAGCAGCAAGCGGAGGAGCUGCUGAGAGCAGCAAAAAUCAGGAACCCAAACCUCAUGCUGACGCUUGAGGGUGCUAUGGCAAGCCUCACCGCGAUGACGACCAGCAUGGAGACACAAUGA